AUGCGUCAAAUCCACUUGGAUAAAGGUUGGAAGUUCAAACAGGCCAGUUCUCUGAACGAUGGCACUGCUUCGUCCUUUCUACCUGUCGCUCAAUUUCCCACUGCCGCUCAUAUUGACCUUCUGCAUCAUGAGUUGAUCCCCGAUCCCUAUAUCGACAGCAAUGAACUGAAGUGUCUUUGGGUCAAUGAUGCGGACUGGACAUAUCGUACCGAGGAGGUCUCUCCGUUCGAUCUGAAACCGUCUGAAAAGGCAGAACUUGUUUUCGAGGGCCUUGAUACAGUGGUUGACGUGUAUCUGAAUGAUUCGCAUAUCUUGUUCAGCAACAAUAUGCACAUAUCUCAUCGUGUUGACGUUAUCGACAUGCUGCGGGGUAGAGAGGAACCAUCCGUUCUUGAGCUCAGGUUCAAAACUGCCCCAGCAUACGGCCGUUCUGAACGUGGGCGCAUUGGAUACAGGACGACAAAAGUUGGAAGAGGUGUCAACUUUGGAGGGUCUGAGAGACUCUUCGUAAGGAAAGCCCAGUAUCAUUGGGGAUGGGACUGGGGUCCGGCUAUCAACACUUGCGGUCCCUGGAAGCCCAUAUACUUGGAGGUCUACGAGUCACGAAUCUAUGAUCUCCGGGUCACUCAAAAUGUUACCCCAGAUCUCUCUUCUGUGGACAUCAGGGUCGAAGCGCAAGUGGAGGGUCACAACAGUAUCAAUGAGGUUCAGGUUCAGUUACUGGACCUUGAAACAGGGACCAUUGUGGUUGAUGAUAAAGCAUCGAAAUCGACUAAAGGGGCCCUAUCCUUCACCAUCAAGCUCAACAGACCCAAGCUAUGGUACCCAUUCUUGUAUGGAGAGCAAAACCUCUAUCUCCUUCAGGUCAGCAUUCCCAAUCAUGCUCCAGGGACGUCAUUCAUCUUUGAAGUCAACAACAUUCGUUUUUUCAGUGGCGGUUCAUGUUGGAUUCCCGCUGACUUCAUGCUGCCGCGGGUGUCAAAGGAUACCUACGACAAAUGGAUUACUCUUGCCAAAGCAGGGAACCAGUCCAUGAUUCGUGUUUGGGGAGGUGGGAUUGUUGAGGACGAUAACUUCUAUGAUAUAUGUGACCGUGAAGGCAUCAUGGUCUGGCAGGACUUCUUAUACGCGUGCGGAAACUACCCGGGCUCGCCUGACUUCGUUGCCAAUGCCAAGGUCGAAGCGGAACAACAAGUCCAGCGUGUUGGUCACCACCCCUCUCUUGUCUUGUGGUGCGGUAACAAUGAGGACUACAUGUUGGCAGACGGAGAUCGUUGCUGGGAGGUUGACUACAGUGACACUACUGGUCCAUGGGACAAGACCACAUUUCCAGCACGCGAGAUCUACGAACACACUCUACCUUCGGUCAUCAAAGCAUCAGGUACUGAUGUCCCGUAUUGGAUCAGCUCACCUUAUGGUGGAACCUUCUCCAAUGACCUAACAGUUGGUGAUACGCAUUGUUGGGAUGUCUGGCAUGGUAAGCUAUCCCCGUACCAGGACUACAAGGCCUACACGUCCCGUUUCAUCUCGGAAUUUGGCUUUGAGUCAGCCCCCAGUCUCCAGACAUUGCACCGAGCUAUCACAUCUCCCAAAGAGCGCCAUGCACAGUCGCGGACUUUUGAUGUUCAUGAUAAAGGCCCUGGCCAUCAAAGGCGGUACCCGAUGUACAUGGGGGAGAACUAUCGGUUUCGGAUGAAUCCACUCAAGGAUUUUGUGUACUGCACGCAGUUUCUUCAAGCCAAAGCGAUGGCGUAUGCUUAUAACUGUUGGCGACGUGAGUUCCGAGGGCCUGGGGAAGAGAACUGUGCUGGCGUCUUGGUCUGGCAGUUAAACGAUAUCUGGCCUGGUAUUAGCUGGGCGCUCAUUGAUGUUGACAUGAAUCCCAAGCCGGCAUACUACAUCACUAAGCGAGCGCUGGCUAAGAUGGUUGUUGGGAUGGAACGAGUCGUCACAGACAAGCCACCGUAUAUCACCACUGGUUAUCUCGAUGAGAAGCACAAGGUUGACAUCUGGGCCGUCAAUGGUCAUCUCAAUGAGAUGAGAGUCAUUCUGGAAUUGAAGGCCUUCGAUAUCCAAAGCGGAAAGUCACUGGUAUGGACAAAUUCGGCCAACUCAAAGGAAUAUGUUUUGAAAGGAAACCGAUCAACUGAACUUCUGGCCGGGCUGGAGAUUCCGAACCCAGAUGAAACGGUCUUGGUUGCAUAUCUACGAGAUGUCUUAUCUGGAGAACAACUAGCCAGGUGGGUGAGCUGGCCGGAGCCUCUUAAGUACCUGCACAUGUCUUCCGAUCUCAAGGUCACUGCCGAAAUAGUGGACGAUCGAUCAGCAGUCAUUGUGAGAGCCAAUGCACCCGUAAAGGGAGUUGUGUUAAGUGCAUGCGACGCUGACGGCAAGAACUUGGUCUUUGACAACAACUUCAUCGAUCUGGUUCCAGACGAGGAGAUACUCCGCGGAUGCUGCGAUAGCUGCACGAGAAGUAAGCUCAAGUGCAGCGGCGAAAUGCCUUCUUGUCAAAGAUGUCGGAUGCGGGGCCAAGACUGCGUGUACAGCAAGGCUCGACGUGCUGGGCGUCCACGUCUCAGGCCCAAGCCAAGUAAAGCAUCGAUCGCAUCCUCUGUUGAUCGGCAACCACAAACCGAUCUCGCCAGCUACAGCGACCAACCUGUCAAUGGCCUUCGAUGUUUAGGAAGUGAACUGCCUGUCUCAUCACAUCCAGAUACUGUUCUGGAUUCGCCAGUCUCCCAGGACAUCGUUUUCUUAAUGCAAGAUACUUGGUCGUCAACACCGGGGCUCAGUUCAGAAGUCACACAACCCUCGAACGUCUCCGAGUUUGAUGACUUAAUGCUGAAGGAUAUGCUCUGGGAUAGCGCCGAGGGCCAUGGCUCGGCAUCUUCUGGCACUCUUCAACUAGAGUGGAGUCUGGACAACACCCAGUUCAGCAACCCCUUAGGAGAUGCAUAUCCAGGGCAUGGUGCAACUAACGAGGGGACACUUGGUCAUACUUUAACAGGCCCAUCAAGCUUCUACACGGACGCAAGCAAGAAAUCAGAUGGUACCAGUGGCCGUCUGACAGAAAUCGACAAGGAGAUCAACGCAAUUAUGGCCACUAUCAUGGACAUCACCAAACGACCAAUGCGAUCAUAUCACCUCCACGAUGAUCCAUGUACAACGUCGUGGCCACAGCUACUGAGCAAAGCCCAACUGCUCAUGUAUAUAGCUGGGUCAGAGAACUCAUCCUCUUUGCGUCUGGAUGCAGUACUACAAGUCUCAUGGACUGCCGAGCAGGUACAGAAACGGAUCUGGGGAUGUCCUACCUGCAUGUCUCGGAGCAUGGAGCUAUCUAGCAUGCUUGCUUUGUUAUAUGACUGGAUCUCAUCUCGGAUUGCCUACGCUCUUGAGAAUCCCGCCGUCAUCCAGAGUUGUUGUCUAAUGAUCGGCGACUCAGUCCUGACUGGGCAAAACGGCAUUAUAGGCACAUAUGAGCUCGUUAAGUGCAGGAUAACGAGAGCGAUAUACGUGAUAGAGAACCUGAACAACGCAAAUGUUACCAUGGGGGAAGGUGAUCCUGGUCGACUAUACCAAGUGGCCCGGCUUAUGCUUGAAGUGGCUGAGAGUCGCUUAGAAGCCAUCUCGGGAAUGAUAGACCUUUUAGCAAGCGAGCAGUUCUGCAGUAUAUGA